AUGGAUUCCCAAUAUCAAGAUUCUUUUCAGCAACAAACUCUAUCGUCGCCGACACCAUCAUCACCAUCACAGUUUUUUUCCCCGACGCAAGAACCAAACCAAAAUUCGAUCAAAUGUCACUGUGGACUCGAUGCAAUACUAAAAAUGGCUACGACACAAAGAAAUAGUGGUCGAUAUUUUUACUCAUGUCCGAAAUACGACCCAGAAAAUGAUACGAUCGCGUGUAAUUUUUUUCGCUGGAAAGAUGUAACAAAUAAAACUCAGAUUGAUGCAUCGAGUGCAUCAAGGCAGCGGCAAAGAGAAACGAUUGUUAUUGGGACUGGUUCUCCGGCCUCAACGAGUAGAUUGUCAACGCAAAUCGAAAUAACCGAUUAUGAUAAAACUACUAGUAAUAAUAAUUCGAACGUUGAAAAUAAUAUAACAGCGAGUCAACUCGAAAAAACAUUAACAAACAUUGAUGAUAUUAACAGCAGCAAUGAAGACAAUAGCAACAUAAACAACAAUAAACGAUCUCAAGCCAAUGCAUAUAUAGUAAAAGUAGCUUCAAUCACGGCAAAAAAUACAUCUGAUGCUGCUGUUUCUUCGGAAAAUACUAGAGAGUUGAUGAUAUUGUCCGAUUCUGACAACGAAUCAACAACGGCGAAAAUAUCAUCAAAUAAUUUUAUCGACAGUGUAAUCAAAUAUAUAUGCGAACAAAAUAAAACCUUAUCACAUGAGAAAUUAUUAAAGAAUGAAGCGAGACUACACGUGAAAAAGUUACAGUAUGAAAUUGAACAAUUGAAGCAAGAGAAUCAGGAAUUAAGGCUGCAGAUGCAAAGCAUCAAAAAUCUGAUUCCUGAGAGAAAAAGAAAGAACAAACCCGAAAACGAGGAUGAGAAUGAAAAUGAAGAGGAACAAGUUUUAAGAACGGGGACGUAUAAAGAGAGGAAGAUUGAAUGA